AGAAAACACGUGACUUGCUAGUACUUAGCUCCGCCUACCGCGUCCGCUUCUUCCUCGCACACAGACACCGAUGGGGGACGGAGAAAAACUCAAUAUUGACUCCAUUAUCCAACGGCUCCUGGAGGUUAAAGGCUGCCGCCCUGGGAAGAAUGUUCAGCUGACGGAGAAUGAGAUCCGGGGGCUGUGCCUGAAGUCCCGCGAGAUCUUCCUCAGCCAGCCAAUCCUGUUGGAGCUGGAGGCCCCGCUGAAGAUCUGCGGGGAUGUGCACGGUCAGUACUACGACCUGCUGCGCCUGUUUGAGUAUGGGGGCUUCCCCCCCGAGAGUAACUACCUGUUCCUGGGGGAUUACGUGGAUCGGGGGAAGCAGUCGCUGGAGACCAUCUGCCUGCUGCUCGCCUACAAGAUCAAGUACCCCGAGAACUUCUUCCUGCUGCGCGGGAACCACGAGUGCGCCAGCAUCAACCGCAUCUACGGCUUCUACGAUGAGUGUAAGCGGCGCUACAACAUUAAGCUGUGGAAAACCUUCACCGACUGCUUCAACUGCCUGCCCGUGGCCGCCAUCGUGGAUGAGAAGAUCUUCUGCUGCCACGGGGGCCUCUCCCCCGACCUACAGUCCAUGGAGCAAGUCAGACGGAUCCUGCGUCCCACCGAUGUACCGGACCAGGGGCUCCUGUGUGACCUGUUGUGGUCGGACCCGGACAAAGAUGUGCUUGGGUGGGGGGAGAACGACCGCGGGGUCUCCUUCACCUUUGGGGCUGAUGUAGUAGCAAAAUUUCUUCACAAACAUGACCUUGACCUCAUCUGCCGAGCUCACCAGGUGGUAGAGGACGGCUAUGAGUUCUUCGCUAAGCGGCAGCUGGUGACGCUCUUCUCGGCGCCCAAUUACUGCGGGGAGUUUGACAACGCGGGUUCCAUGAUGAGUGUGGACGAGUCCCUCAUGUGCUCCUUUCAGAUCUUGAAACCUGCGGAUAAGAAACUUUUUGCUUACGGGGGCGUCAACCAGAGCCGCCCCGUGACCCCCCCGCGCAACAAGAACAAACAGUCUAAAUGACCCCUAAAUACCCCUUCCGACUCUUCCCCAAACCCCUGACCCCUCACACACUGACCUCCUUCCCCAGUCUGCCCCCCCCCCGGCGCAGAGGGCGGGGCCUGGGGAUGUUACUUUUACCUCGCACGGGGGUUGGAGAAGAUGGGAGGGAACCUGCAAAUAGAACCACUUCUCUGCCUUAAUCUCUUGUAGCCACAGUGACCCCCCCCCUGCCCCCCACAACUCCCAUCCCCCCCCCACAACUCCCAGCGCAUCUCCCAGUGGUGCCUUAUUGCAGUACUGAUCUCAGGGGUAGGUGCAAGUGCACCUUGUGGGGCUGUUCCCGACGUGUUGCCCCUCUGCCCCACUCUACGUGGAAACAUGGCCGGACUGGGUGCUUUCUCCCCGCUCAGCGGGGGUUAAUGGCAUUUCAAGGGUAACUAAGACUUCUCUCUCAGUGAUUUGCUGGAGUGAGUCCUGUCUGGUUCCUGUAGUCGUUAGUGAGGUCAGUAAUUAGGCUUUGUCCCUGUUGGCAUUAAACAGACAUGGUAUUGCGGAGGUGCAUUGUGGGUAAAUAGGGGAGGGGCUUGUGAGUGCAGCCUGGGACUCCCUUUCCUCCUAGUGCUGAGUUACUCCUGACCAUUCCUGGUGGGGGUGGAGUCACAAUGGGGGCAGGCUUUACAGGACACACCCCCUCAUGUACUGUACUGUUCAUAGGCCGGGGGUUUGCGCCCCCCCCACAACGCUGCUCUUCUCUCAAUUCCUCGAUUUUUCCUGUUUUGUGAUGGUUUUUGGUCAGUGUUACGGCCCGUGAGCGGCUCAGCCAAUCGCUGUGCCCGGGGGUGAGCCAAUCGCUGUGCCCGGCACUGAGCCCAUUGUGCCAGUCUCCUGCCCCUCGCUGGGGGGUGAUUGUGUGGGGGCAAGUGAGGUGUCUGUCUGGGGCAUGUACCUGCUUGGAGUUGCCAGUAGGGGGGGAUGUGGGGAGGGGCUCUGAAUGGUAUCGGGGGGGGAUUCUCGUGUGUCUUUUCUUCUGUAAGAGCUACGGCUUUUUAUUAAACCUUUUUAUCUCGUUUGAAUGGAAA